AUGCUAAUAGGCUUCGUGCUGAAUACAACAGACUGGUGGAUGGACUGGCACAGAGAGGAAAUCUAUCAAGUAUCGGAUGCCUGGCUCGCGAAUCCGGCUUUGCCUGAUGAUAUUCUGAAGGAAGCUGUUCCUGGAAACAUAAGGAGGGCUGAACACUUUCUUGCUGUCUUGCGGAGGCUUGUGAGAAUCCUUGAUGGCCGGCUUGAUACAGAAAACGUUGAGAAUGAAAUGCCUGUUUCCUUUGUUGCUUCAAUCCAUUCCCAGGCUGGAAUCGACCAAAAAAUGCUAAGGUUUUGUUAUGACCGGCUACACUCCCUAACGAUGACAUUAGAGAUAACUGAUACAGACGAGUUCAUUCACAUACAGACUAUAUGUGACUUUGCCACACUGAUUGGAACUUAUACACGUGGCUUUUCUAUUAUAAUAGAGCCAUAUGAUGAGAGAAUGCCUGAUAUUCGUGAUCCUGUUAUUCAGCUGAGUUGCCAUGAUGCUUCGCUCGCAAUAAGACCUGUUUUUGAUCGUUUCGAAACGGUUGUGAUCACUUCUGGAACUCUCAGCCCAAUAGAUCUUUAUCCUUGUCUCUUGAAUUUUAAUCCUGUCAUAAGCAGAAGCUUCACAAACGUCCUUAACAAGAGAUUGUAUUUGUCCCAUGGUCUUGACUCGAGGAAGGCUACCUUUUUAUUCCUAAGGACUAAGGAUCAUAUGACACUUAUGUUAAGCUUUUAUGACAUCUUUAGUUGUGACCAGCUACCUGUGAGUACAAAGUUUGAUAUGCGUAGUGAUCCUGGUGUUGUGAGGAAUUAUGACCGCCUCUUGCUAGAAAUGGCUCCUGCUGUUCCAGAAGGCAUGGUUUGCUUUUUUGUCAGUUAUUCCUAUAUGGAUGGCAUUGUCAACAGCUGGCACGAAAUGGGAAUUCUGCAUGACAUCAUGCAACAUAAAUUAGUGUUAAUCGAAACACCAGAUGUCAUUGAGACAACAUUGGCUCUCGAUAACUACAGAAAGGCAUGUGAUUGUGGAAGAGGUGCCAUUUUCUUCUCUGUUGCCAGGGGCAAAGUUGCUGAAGGUAUUGAUUUUGAUUGGCACUAUGGCAGAUUAGUUAUCAUGUUUGGUGUUCCUUUCCAGUACACACUGAGCCGGCAAGCAGCCCAAUGUGUUGGCCGUGUGAUUCGCUCCAAAGCUGAUUAUGGGAUGAUGAUAUUUGCUGACAAGAGAUACAGUCGGCAUAAUAAACGGUCUAAGUUGCCUGGGUGGAUACUCUCGCAUUUGCAUGAUGCGCACCUAAAUCUGAGCACUGAUAUGGCUCUCCAUAUAGCUCGUGAGUUUCUCCGGAGGAUGGCACAGCCAUAUGACAAGACGGGAAGCGGUGGCAAGAAGACGCUGUUGACUGAGGAGGAUCUGCAGAAUAUGGCGCAGGACGGCAUGGAGAUGUAA